AAUAAUCAUCGGUAUAAAAUCAACACCCCAUGUCUUAAAAGUGAGUCACAAGCAAUUCUCAACUAUUGCCUCUCGUCAGAAGUACCUAUUGUCAACGCAAUGUAUCUAUAUUUCAUCGUUAUCUGCAUGACUUUGGUAGCUCAAGCACUAGGCUACUCUGACACCAAUUGUACCCUUGAUGUGGUCAAUAAAAAGGAGUUUGAGAGCCGAAUUAUUGGUUAUCUGGAUAGCAAGAGCGACACUGUGCUUCUUGAAUACGAUCUGGAUUUUUCACAUGUAGGGUCUGAUUUUGAUUUGGUCAAUAGAACGAAUCCAAUCGCAUUUCAACCUUGGAGGUGGUAUCGAGCUAAAGGAAUUGCUAGUACAGGAAUUCUACUCAACCAAUACCGCCCUUAUGGAAAGAUAUUAAAUAUGAUCAAUAAGAAAUUUACAGUUCCCUUGAUAGAUCAUCCAAAGGGCUGUUUGUAUAACAUCAGUCGAGAUGAUAUGGAAAUGUACAUAAACGCAUUUUUAUUAGAUGAUUUCAAAAUCCAUGUGGACGACCUAAGAACAUCUGUGAAAUUAUCGACUGACGUUGCAAUUUGUACUGCACAAAUCAUCGGCGCUAACUACUCUCUCGAAUUAGCUUUAUGGUGCUGUGAAUAUGAGAUACAUAACGAAGUUAAUUGUUACAUUGUGAAAAUGAGCACUAUUUUCUCAGUCACAAAAGGAUGUGUAUCAAUGCUCAUGCUUAUUGCAUGUCUGUAUAUACCACUUCUCUUUCCAGUAAAUAGGACAAGAGAAGUAAGAGAAGGAGCUUUACAAACUCUUCCCAGAGAAAAUCAACGAAGUCUCAGAUUUCAAUUUAAAGAUUUUUUAAGCAAAGAUGUAAAAAAGGAGUCUAUUUCUGAAAAAGAUAUCACAAGUCUACCGGCAUUCUACUCAAGUAUUAAGUCAAAAGCCAAAGAUAAAAUCUACACUGCUGAAAUUAUUGAUGUUACUUUGAAAGUUGUAAAUGAUGGUUAUAUCCAUUGUGGACAAACAGUCUUAUCUGGAUUUGGAUCUUUAAUCUAUCAUCUUUUUAAUUCACUGGCUUGCUCAGGCCAUUACAGAGAAGAUUCAAAAAACAGCAUUAAAAGACGGUGUUGUAGUGCUCUUUUAAGACUAUUGUUUUUCUUUGUUUUUUUUAUAGCACCUUAUAGUUUUAAUACAUAUCUAGAAGUAGAAAAUUACAAUACCGAUUUAGCUAUAGCUCUCAGAGAACGAGGCACUAACGAUGAAGACUUUUCAGUCGAACUUUUAUUAUUCCUUGAAAUGGGACUAAUGAAUGCUAUAGUUAUUGCAGCAUUAAGUUAUGAUGCAUUGAAGGGAGAUAACUUUCAAAAUGCUCUCCGGAAUUUAAGGGUAAAUCUUCACCAUUCAUGGAAAAAAACAAUCCAAUUAAUGAAACAAUGUUGGUGUGGAUCAGCUUGCUACGUGUUUUUGCCUCUGUACCUAGCAUUAUGUUUUUUUAUUAUUUUAAUGAGUCUUGUGUAUAAUAGUCCAGCGAAUCUUAUUUUCCUGGAUAUGUUUCCAUUUAAAGAAGCUCGAAAACGUUAUCCAAUAGGGAAUGCAAUAGUGGUACAGUUAUUCUUCGGCACUAUAUUUUUCUCAUUUACUUAUCCAUCGAUCUUUAUUGCAGAUUUGUUCUUUACAUGUACAGCUCUCGUUAUGUUUAAUGCCCCCUUUAUUAGCACUAUCUUAUCUGGUGUCGCUCUGUUUUUCCUCUACUUGAAAAAAUUUGUUACCAAGAUUGGUAAUGAGCUGGAUGAGAAUUUACAGAAUCUUGUAAUCCUCAUCAAACAUGAAACUGCUUUGCCUGCAUUAACUGAGAAUAUCUUGCCUGCAAUAAAUGACAAUGAUUUACCUAUCAAUACAAACGAGGAUGAAAGUUAUAGUGUAUACUUUCUGCCCAUUGCAACUGAAGAGUAUGACAAAGUUAACUUAAAGGUCGACAGAUCACGUCUGCAUGUUGAGGUUUCAGGCUGCAUUCCAUUCAUCUUGAAAAGAAAUGAAAUUUGUGUCAGUAAAAGAUUGUUGAUGUAUAUGACGUAUGCAAAUAUUACAAAGAGCUUGUUACAGUGCUUAGUGAUCAUGAUUUUUCUGGCCACUGUGGUUUCCACUGUAAUAGCACUUGGUACAUAUGAAUACAUUUCAACUUCUUACCAAAUUCUCAUCACUCUCGUUACUGGCAUAGUUCCUUUGGUGGUGCAAAUGCUAUCAGGAGGUGAAAGUGAAGGAUCAAAGUCAAAGAGACCAAUUAGAGAAAUUAAAAGCGCUGUAGUGGAGAGUUUAAGUUCGUAUGUGGAAAAAAUAGAAAUUGCAGAUUUAAAUCUACAGAACUGGAGGGAUGUAGAAAGGAAAUCGGACAAUGUUGAUCUUAUUGUUACAUCAUCUGAUUCUGAGGGGAACAACGGCGAAGGGUAUCACCUAAUUUAGCUCAAUGGAAACAAAUAAAGUAUUAUUUUUUAAUGUUGAAAUAAUAAAUAAUAUAUGUAUAUAAUUUUUUUAAAAAUAAUUUUAAUGAUUAAAGCAAAUUAGCUUUGUUUAUUGAAUUACCUUUCUAUUGCAAACUAUUGUAUAAAAUAAAAUAUAACAUCAUCUUGUACUCAUUUCUUAGAGUUAAAAACUUACAGGCAGGCAAACCGCUAAUUAUUGUGCAAUGUAUUCAUUACACACAGGCGAUCAAAUAUUUGAGGCGGACGAAACGCUUUUCAAUGGUUGACUUUAAAAAAAUGGUUUAACAGUAAAAAAAAAUAAUAAAUGAUUGUGCUAUGUGUAUUUUUGUCCCGAAUGCAAUAGCCUGGCUUUUUUUGCAUACCAGGUUAGCUAGCUCUUUUUCUGUCCCUGCUAGGCCAUCCAUGUCAUACGCAAAGCGUAGGUUAGUAAUUCUUCUUCCUCCAAUGCUUACAGUACCUUCAUGGCACAUGAGAGCAUCUCCUCCUAUUCUGUCAAUGAAGAUAUUUAAAAGUGUUUUUCAAGGUUUUUUUUUUUGCUGUGGUUUGGCUAAAUCGCCCGGUAUCAACUCUUUCCUUCCUUUCAAGCUUCUGGAGCGCAUCGUGUUAGCGCAAAUUCUUUCUCAUCUUGAACAGUACUGUCUCUUGGAAGAAUUUCAAUCUGCAUAUAGGAAGUGCCGAAGCACAGAGACAGCAGUGGUCAGGGUACUAAACGACUUACUUCACAAUUUCGACAUAGGUAACAUAUCAAUUCUUUCAAUGCUGGACUUGUCCGCAGCCUUUGAUACGCUAGACCACUAAAUUAUGAUGGCCAGAUUCUCUGCCACUUUUGGUUUAGCAGGAAUCGUACUAAAAUGGUUUGGAUCUUACCUGACUGAACGCACCCAAAGUGUCGUUGUUAACGGAACAGAAUCAACAAGCUUCCUCUUGAAGUACGGAGUACCACAGGGAUCAGUUCUAGGCCCAGUACUGUUCACUAUGUAUACAAAUCCAUUCAGCGGUGUCAUACGGCCAACCGGCAUCUUAUACCAUUUCUUUGCCGAUGACUCACAGUUAUACGAUUCCUCUGUACCAUCAGUGGUGUCGCAUCUGGCAGAGAAAAUCAGUAGUAUCAUUGGAAGGGUGAGCAAUUGGAUGGUUGAAAAUAAGCUCAAGAUGAACGAAGACAAGACAGAAAUAAUUAAGAUUGGCACUCGGAACAACGUCUCAAAAGUUGAAAGCACAGAUUUUCUAUUUAUCACGAACUGCCAGGUUCCUUAUGUCCAUGUAAUCUUGGGGUUUUCUUUGACUCAACACUAUCUUUCGACCCACACAUAAGUCAGCUCUGCAAGGGUCUUUAUCUACAGCUGUUAGAUUAGGCCAGAUCCGACAUAUUUAACAACGGAUUCAACAAAAACGCUAGCUGUGGCAUUCAUACUCUCCCGCCUUGACUACUGUAACGCCGUGCUAGCAGGUACACCUGAUGACAAAAUAGCCAAGCUGCAACGUAUACAGAACAACGCCGCACGUAUAGUACUUAGAAAAACAAGACAAGAUUCUGCUAUUACGCUCUUGCCCACGCUCCAUUGGCUUCCCGUGAAAGCAAGAAUCGAUUACAAGGUCGCCACACUUUCAUCAGUGUAUAUAUAACAAUGAGAUGCCCUUGUAACUUAGCGAACUGAUUACUCCAUAUUACAGCGCCUUGAGCCUACAUUUUUGUUUGUUUACAGCGCUUUAUAAAUGAAAUUAUUAUUAUUAUUAUUAUUAUUAUUAUUAUUAUUAUUAUUAUUAAAAUACUGCACUAAUUCCUAUUCUUCGUAAAAAAAAAGAAAAUGCCUUAUUAUUAAAAAUAUGUUAAUGAUCCUAAGAA